GCAGUAAUCCAAAAAGGAAAACCAUUCCAAAUGGGAUUCUCCGGUGAAUCCACGACCAACGGAGGCCUAGAACCCGACGCCGAAUCCGCCGCCCUCCUUCCCCUCCGCCAAUCACCAAAGCCGGAAGACAACUUCAAUUUCGCCUAUAUCAUCUACUUGACAUUGGGAGUCGGAUUCCUCCUCCCAUGGAAUUCCUUCAUCACCGCUGUCGAUUACUUCUCCUAUCUCUACCCGGAAGCUUCGGUCGACCGUGUAUUCGCCGUCUCUUACAUGGUGGUCGGCCUCUUUUGCCUCUUGAUCAUUGUGUUCUAUGCUCACAAAAGUGAAGCUUACAUGCGGAUCAAUAUUGGUUUGGCCCUAUUCAUGGUUUCCCUCCUCGUUGUCCCCCUUAUGGAUGCGUUUUAUAUAAGGGGCCGGGUCGGGUUGUAUGAUGGCUUUUAUGUUACGGUCGGGGUUCUCGCUUUGGCGGGUAUAGCAGAUGCGCUUGUUCAAGGUGGGCUCUAUGGGGCGGCUGGGGAAUUGCCGGAACGCUACAUGCAGGCUAUCGUUGCAGGAUCUGGCGGUUCUGGGGUCCUUGUUUCAUUGCUAAGGCUUCUAACCAAAGCUGUUUUUCCACAAGAUGCUGAUGGCCUGAGAAAGAGUGCCUAUCUUUACUUUUUCACUAGCAUUGUGUUCAUGGUUAUAUGCGUAGUUUUGUACAACAUGGCACACCGACUUCCGAUCAUGAAGUACUACAAGGAGUUGAAGAUCAAGGCUGUUAAAACAGAAAGAGUUGAGGAAGGUCCCAUUACCGGGCCUGUUUGGAGAGCAACCUUGUGGAAUAUAGUAGGAACAGUCAAGUGGUAUGGAUUUGGGGUCGUCCUCAUAUAUGUUGUGACUUUGGCUAUAUUUCCAGGAUACAUCACAGAAGAUGUGCAGUCAUCGAUUCUCAAAGACUGGUAUCCGGUCCUUCUUAUCACGGCCUACAAUAUGUUUGACAUGGUUGGCAAAUCGUUGACUGCGGUCUACCUACUUGAGAAUGCGAAGGUUGCAAUUUCUGCUUGUGUGGUGAGGUUACUGUUCUUUCCUGUCUUCAUAGGUUGCUUGCACGGUCCUCGGUUCUUCCAGACAGAGAUUCCCAUCUCGUUUCUAACAUGCCUUCUAGGGAUAACCAAUGGUUAUUUAACAAGUGUGUUAAUGAUCAUGGCUCCCAAAUCUGUUCACAGACAACAUGCAGAGACUUCCGGCACCGUUAUGGUGUUAUUUCUAGUUGUUGGUCUGGCAUUAGGAUCAGUCAUAGCUUGGUUCUGGGUCAUCUGAUACUCAAGCAUUUUCUUCCUUGAGUAGGAUCCCAUGUACAUGUGGUCAGCAUGAACUUGUAUUAAUGGUGUUUUCACCUUUGUAAAGUUAUCAAAAUUGUAUGAUAAAUCCUGUGCUUAAAGCAUGCAUAACUGGAGUCAUAGCAUGCCUGUAUCGCAAAAUUGUAUGAUGUUACAGCAAA